UAAAUGGGAGGGAGGCUGGACAUUUGGAGGGAGACGUGCUUUGCUUCCCUCCGGAGCCUGCAGCCUGGUGAGCCCGUGAGGCAGACGCUCUCUCCUCUUCGCCACCUUCCUUUCUCUCUGGGUGUCCACAAAGAUGUCACUUGUUGCCGUGCCCUUCUACCAGAAGAGACACAAACACUUUGACCAGUCAUACCGUAAUAUUCAAACAAAGUACCUUCUGGAUGAAUAUGCAGCGAAAAAGCGCGCUUCCAGCCAGACGUCUUCCCAGAAAUCUGUCACUCAGAAGUCGUCCUCGCAGAGCGAGUCCAGCCAGACGGCAGUGGGGGGGGCCACCUGCAGGUUGUGUGCCAGGAGGGUGGCCGCGCUGGAAGAGGACGAGCAGGAAAGGAGGCACAGGUACCAGUCACUGGUGGCUUCCUACGGGGAGGCCAAGCGGGAGCGUUUCCUCAGCGAGCUGGCCCAGCUGGAGGAGGACGUGCACCUGGCCCGCACCCAUGCCCGGGACAAGCUGGACAGAUACGCCCUGCAGCACGUGGACAGACACGGCCUGCAGCACGCGGUGGACGACAGGCUGGCCUGGGAGAGGCACUCACUUGAGGAAGAGCUGAGCAGAGCCCCCGAGAUCCUGGUGCAGCUCCGGUCGCACACCAUCUGGGAGCGGAUGUCUGUCAAGCUGUGCUUCACCGUGCAGGGCUUCCCAACCCCCGUGGUGCAGUGGUAUAAAGACGGCAGCUUGAUCUGCCAGGCAGGGGAGCCGGGAAAGUACAGGAUUGAGAGCAAGUACGGGGUGCACACGCUGGAGAUCAACAGGGCGGACUUUGACGAUACUGCGACCUACUCGGCGGUGGCAACAAACGUGCAUGGACAGGCGUCCACCAAUGCGGCGGUGGUGGUGAGAAGAUUCCGAGGUGACGAGGAGCCGUUCCAUUCUGUGGGGCUCCCGAUCAGAUUGCCCCUGCCCUCCGUGAUCCCGUACACGCACUUCGACGUCCAGUUCCUGGAGAAAUUCGGCGUCACCUUCCGGAGGGAAGGCGAGACGCUGGCUCUCAAGUGCACGCUGCUGGUGACGCCGGACCUGAAGCGGGUGCAGCCGCGGGCCGAGUGGUACCGAGACGACGUGCUGCUGAAGGAGUCCCAGUGGACAAAGAUGUUCUUCGGGGAAGGCCAGGCCUUGCUGUCCUUCAGCCACCUCAACAAGGACGACGAGGGUCUCUACACCCUGAGGAUCGUGUCCAGGGGAGGGGUCAGCGAACACAGCGCCUUCCUGUUUGUCCGAGACGCUGACCCCCUGGUCACGGGGGCACCUGGCGCGCCCAUGGACCUGCAGUGCCACGAUGUAAACCGGGAUUAUGUCAUCGUAACUUGGAAGCCACCCAACACGACCAAGGAGAGCCCGGUCAUCGGCUAUUUCAUUGAUCGAUGUGAAGUGGGAACUGACAGUUGGGUUCAGUGCAAUGACCGCCCCGUAAAGAUCUGUAAAUACCCCGUAACCGGACUUUUUGAAGGACGGUCCUAUGUAUUCCGCGUGCGGGCUGUCAACAAUGCAGGGGUCAGCCGGCCUUCCAGAGUCUCUGAGGCUGUGGCUGCCCUCGACCCCCUUGACCUCAAGCCGUUACAAGCAGUCCACUGGGAGGGAGAUAAAAAAAUCGUAAUCUAUCAGGAGGACCUUGAAGGUGAAGUUCAGUUUCCAGGACCUCCCACCAACGUCCACGCCUCAGAAAUCAGCAGGACAUAUGUCGUCCUCAGCUGGGACCCACCCUCCCCCCGUGGCAAGGAGCCGCUGAUGUAUUUCAUUGAGAAGUCCGUGGUCGGGAGCGGAAGCUGGCAGCGGGUGAACGCACAGACGGCCGUGAGGUCCCCCCGAUACGCCGUCUUCGAUCUUGCUGAGGGGAAACCAUACGUGUUCCGAGUGUUGUCAGCAAAUAAGCACGGCCUGAGCGACCCGUCGGAAAUCACCGCCCCCAUUCAGGCCCAGGACACCAUCGUGGUCCCCUCAGCCCCCGGCCGCGUCAUCACCUCCCGGAACACAAGGACGUCCGUGGUGGUGCAGUGGGAACAGCCGAAGCACCAGGAGGACCUGCUCGGCUACUACGUGGACUGUUGCGUGGCCGGGUCCACCGUCUGGGAGCCCUGUAACCACAAGCCCGUCGGCUACAAAAGGUUCGUGGUGCACGGCCUAACCACCGGCGAGCAGUACAUCUUCCGAGUUAAAGCCGUUAAUGCUGUUGGGACAAGUGAGAAUUCUCAGGAGUCUGACGUCAUAAAAGUCCAGGCCGCCCUCACCGUCCCGUCCCAUCCUUACGGGAUCACCCUUCUGAACUGUGACGGCCACUCCAUGACCCUGGGCUGGAAGGUGCCUAAGUUCAGCGGUGGCUCAGCCAUCCUCGGUUACUACAUAGACAAGAGAGAGGCUCACCACAGAAACUGGCAUGAGGUCAACGCCUCGCCUCUCCAAGGGAGGAUCCUGACGGUGGAGGGCUUGGCAGAAGGCUCACUCUACGAAUUCAGAAUUGCCGCCUCCAACCUCGUGGGGAUCGGGCAGCCGUCGGACCCCAGCGAGCUCUUCAAGUGCGAGGCCUGGACGGCGCCGGAACCGGGUCCUGCCUACGACCUGACGUUCUGUGAGGUCCGGGACACGUCCCUGGUGCUACUCUGGAAGGCCCCGGUGUAUUCGGGCAGCAGCCCCGUCUCCGGGUAUUUCGUCGACUAUAAGGAAGAGGAUUCCGGAGAGUGGGUCACCGUCAACGAGGCCACCACGGCACAUCGCUACCUAAAGGUCUGUGACCUGCACCAAGGAAAAACCUACAUCUUCCGUGUCCGGGCAGUAAACGCUAGUGGGGUGGGGAAGCCCUCAGACACGUCGGAGCCGGUACUUGUGGAGGCCAGGCCAGGCACCAAGGAGAUCAGCGCGGGCGUGGAUGAAGAAGGCAACAUCUACCUGAGCUUUGACUGCCAGGAGAUGACGGACGCCUCUCACUUCACGUGGUGCAAAUCCUACGAGGACGUUGCGGGUGACGAGAGGUUCAAGGUCGAGACCGUGGGGGACCACUCGAAGCUGUACUUUAAGAAUCUGGAUAAAGUGGACUUAGGGACUUACUCUGUGUCCGUCAGUGACACGGAUGGUGUGUCCUCCAGCUUUGUCUUGGAUGCGGAAGAGCUGGAACGUUUGGUGGCGCUGAGCAAUGAGAUAAAAAAUCCCACAAUUCCUCUGAAGUCAGAAUUAGCUUAUGGGAUUUUUGAUAAGGGCCAGGUCCGCUUCUGGCUGCAGGCUGAGCACUUAUCCCCAGACGCCAGCUACCGCUUUAUCAUUAACGACAGAGAAGUCAGCGACAGUGAGACACACAGAAUCAAGUGUGACAAGUCAACGGGCCUUAUCGAGAUGGUGAUGGAUCACUUUACCAUCGAAAACGAAGGCACCUACACUGUGCAGAUUCAUGAUGGAAAAGCCAAAAAUCAGUCUUCUCUGGUUCUCAUUGGAGACGCAUUCAAGGCUGUCCUAGAAGAGGCUGAAUUUCAAAGAAAGGAAUUUCUCAGGAAACAAGGCCCUCAUUUCGCUGAGUAUCUGCACUGGGAUGUUACAGAAGACUGUGAAGUCCGGCUGGUCUGUAAGGUGAGGAAUCGGUUCGAGCCAGAAGAGAGCGAGACUCCCAUUCUCGUGACAGUGGAGACAGUCAGGAGGCAGCCGCGCUCAGAUCACACUGCUGGUGAAGCACAGGGGCUUGGAUCAGGGGCGGGUGGUACUCAGACUUCCCGUCUCGUCUGUGGUCUUUGUCAACAGAUUACGGGGGCAACCAAACGAAGGUUCAAGCAGGUAGUUUAUAAAAUAUUUAUUUAAGAUUUCAGUAAGUGA